UUCACCGGAAGUGGCCGUUGUGUUGUUGCACCAGUGCUGCUGUCAUGUGAUAGCUCGUCCGAGGAGCUUCUGUUGACAGUAGCUUCCUACCUUUAAAAGAAGCUGAAGUAAAACCAAGCAGGAGAAAAGUUUUAUGUUUAUUGUAAGAAGAGAACCACGGCUUGUUACUGACGGAGAACAGAGAAGCCGGGGUUGUGUAGUUUCGCCCCUCGGACGCUGAGAUGGGUUGCUGUUACAGCAGCGAGAACGAAACCACAGAGCAGGACCCUGAUGAACGUAAGCCGCUGAUCCCCCACCCAAACCCUGUCAGCAAGCCCCCAAAUGGAACAGACUGGAUCACUACCAGUGUGCCCUCAGCGAGGACGGAUGAACAGGCCCUCCUUACAUCCAUCCUCACCAAGACAGCACAGAACAUUAUUGAUGUCUCAGCAGCUGACUCUGUCAUGAUGGAGCAGCAUGAAUACAUGGACAAAGCUCGGCAAUACAGUACGAAGUUGGCUGUGUUGAGCAACAGUCUGCCCCAGAAGAAAGCCCUCGCUCUCCCCUCCCUCACCAGCCAGCCCCACCAAGUGCUUGCGAGUGACCUGGUGCCAUACUCAGAUGUUCAGCAGGUGUCCAAGAUAGCAGCUUACGCUUACAGUGCAAUCUCUCAAAUCAAAGUGGAUGCUAAAGAAGAACUGGUGGUCCAGUUUGCCAUUCCCUGAUUCUACGACCCUAGUCACCUAAUUGUUCCUCCCAUCCCGCUCUCUCUGUCACUUCUGCAUCCUCACUCUCCAGCCCACCCUUUAUUAAAGCAUCAUGGUCCUUGUGCUUCUUAUCUAUGUCUCUAACUGCUAUAAAGACAGAGACGAUGUAGGAUUGCCCCCAUGGCUGUCCUUAAUUACUGUACUUAAUUAUAGGUCAGUGACAUGUUGUCCGCAUGGGCAAUGAAAGAUGGUCUACUGCACAUAGCCAUUGGAGUGUGCGCUCAUAUUUACAACAAGAAGGUCUCCUCUGUAUUUAAUGCGUGGAUUACAGACUUUGUCAGAACCAGCUGUGGAAUAAUCAUUCAUCCUUCCUGGUGGUCGCUUUUUAAUUUUUAAACGGUUUCAGGGCCGUCUUAGUAUCUUUAUUCGUUAGUAAAAGUUUCCCUAGCCUGUGUACUCCGUACCAUAAGUGCAAGUGCAGUAAGUAUUUUAGCCAUUUACCAGGAUAAAAACUCCCAACAUGGCAUAACGUUUGCACUUCAUAUGUCUGUAACUCUGUUCUGUUGUCCACGGGAAAAAUCUGUUAGCAAAAAGAGCCAAAACAAACACACCAAGAACCGUGUCUAACUUACUAAACAUGAACCAGUAAACCAACUUGACUGAAAUUC